AGCGCUCGUGCGAGGAGGACGUAUUACGUGUUUUGUAUUAGCGAGUGCCCGCGUGUGACUGCCCGCGCGACGCCGAGUGUUGUUUCUGUGGAGUGGAGUGUGUGCUGUGUCCUAUUACAGAGUGUUGCCUAGACCAUGACCGUGUGUGUUUGACCUGGGAAUGUAUCCAAGCGCGGGCGCGAUGAACGCCGCUGCCGCCGCCGCUGCCGUGGCGGCCGCCAGGCAUCCGGGUCCUCCACAACCCGGUCAACCAAUCAAGUUCACUGUCGGAGAGUCCUGCGACCGAAUCAAAGAAGAGUUCAACUUCCUUCAGGCCCAAUACCACAAUUUAAAAUUGGAAUGCGAAAAGCUGGCUAGUGAAAAAAUUGAAAUACAAAGGCAUUAUGUUAUGUACUAUGAAAUGUCUUACGGUCUCAAUGUGGAAAUGCACAAACAGACGGAAAUAGCGAAACGGUUAAACGCGAUAAUCGCGCAGAUUCUGCCGUUCCUGUCGCAGGAGCAUCAGCAGCAAGUCGCCUCGGCCGUGGAAAGGGCGAAGCAGGUCACCAUGACUGAGCUCAACGCUAUUAUUGGGCAACAAAGGCCGGACCUGCCGCGACUGCUGCAGCAGAUGCACGCCGCACACCUCCCAGCGCACGGCGCGCCGCCGCUUCCGCUGUUGGGCCAAGGAGCUCUGCCCCCAGCAGGCCUCCUUGGCCUCGGAGUUCCUCACCAUCCCCUCUCAGUGUUAGCCAAACCGCCUGACUUGCACAGACCAGAUGACAAAGGAAAUGGUAUCAGUUCAGCAGAGGAACGACAUAGAAAUUCGAUAUCUCCUGGUGAGAGGGAAAAGUACAGGACGCGAAGUCCAGCUGAGCCUGACCACAAGAAACUUAAAAAAGAAGAGAAAGAUAUGGGCCAUGAUUUGGUAGUAGACGACGCAAGUGAAGAGCCUACGUCACCACACAAUGGUGCGCCGUCACCCAGAGAAAACGGAUUGGAUAAACUACAACCCAAGAAAGAACACCCACCACACAGUCCUAGAUCAGGGACAUCAAGCAACGCGUCGACGCCAUCAGCGAAGAAGCUCGAUGAGAAGCCCAGUACACCUAUCUCCAAACCCGUGACCCCCACUUCGGGGGCAAGCGGUGCGGGGACCGCGGGCGCCCCUCUUAAGGCUGCAGUGAAACCCCCAGCUCUACAAUACCCUUACUUGGGUAAUGGAGCUCAUGACGCUUACGGCCUGGCGGGGUAUUCCGCGAGAGCUGCAUUGGCGUAUGAACCUCUCCGCCCCCCGAUUGGUCCCGCCGCGCUUGCUCCCAUUCCUGGAGGCAAACCAGCUUAUUCAUUCCACGUGUCAGCCGAGGGUCAAAUGCAACCGGUGCCCUUUCCGCCUGACGCGCUGAUGGGUCCGGGCAUACCUAGGCACGCGCGUCAAGUUUCUGCCCUCGCGCACGGUGAAGUCGUAUGCGCAGUAACUGUGUCUUCGCCAACAAAAUACGUUUAUACUGGUGGCAAAGGAUGCGUCAAAGUGUGGGACAUCAGCCAACCCAGUAAAGCUCCAGUCAGCCAGUUGGAUUGCUUGCAACGAGACAACUACAUUAGAUCGGUCAAAUUGCUUCCCGAUGGUCGGACUCUGAUCGUGGGCGGCGAGGCAUCGAAUCUUUCUAUCUGGGACUUGGCAUCACCCACGCCUAGGAUCAAAGCCGAGCUCACGUCAUCUGCGCCUGCUUGCUAUGCGCUUGCCAUUAGCCCCGACUCCAAGGUGUGCUUCAGUUGUUGUUCAGACGGUAACAUAGCGGUUUGGGAUCUUCACAAUCAGACGCUGGUGCGGCAGUUCCAGGGUCACACUGAUGGUGCUUCCUGUAUUGACAUUUCUGCUGAUGGUACAAAAUUGUGGACUGGUGGUCUGGAUAAUACAGUGCGGUCAUGGGACCUCAGGGAAGGCAGACAGUUACAACAACACGACUUCAGUUCUCAGAUAUUCUCACUUGGAUAUUGUCCUACAGGUGAAUGGUUAGCAGUAGGCAUGGAGAACAGCAAUGUGGAAGUUCUUCAUGCGGUAAAACCGGACAAGUACCAGUUGCAUUUACACGAAUCGUGCGUGCUGUCACUGCGCUUCGCCUCGUGCGGCAAGUGGUUCGUCUCUACUGGAAAGGACAACUUGCUUAAUGCGUGGCGUACGCCUUACGGUGCCAGUAUAUUCCAGUCAAAGGAAUCGUCAUCGGUGCUCAGCUGUGACAUCUCCUCGGACGACAAGUACAUAGUGACAGGCUCUGGCGACAAGAAAGCCACAGUGUACGAAGUGAUCUACUAGUGCAUAUAGUGUGUGAUGACCUCAAACUCGAACAAAUCUUGAGCAAGUGUAGUGCGGACAGUACCGAGUGGUGAUAUAGCUUUAGUGUAUGUAUAGAUAUAUCGGGAUGCCUGUAUAUGUACUUAUGCGACAUGUUUAUAUAGAUUAGUGUGCGCGUUUUAUGUUUAUUUGUUGAGCGCCCGUAGUGUAUGUUGGCAGCAGAUCUCA